AGUUCACAAGCGCUAUCUGCAUAGGUAAAUAUUAGCAAGUCUAAUCAAGUUGAAAUUCAUUUAAAUCAUGUUAAAUGGCUGAUUGUUCUCGCAAGAUGUUUAGCGAUGAAAGGCUCCCACUGUUCUCCAAAAAUGGAUACACUUCGGACGAGAGUAUUAGUGGAAACACCUCAAAUGAUGUAGUGGUUCCGGUGUAUGGCACAACUUGCGAGCCAGCUGUUUCCAACGCAAAAUUAGUGCCAGUAGAAGAACGGAUAACAUACACGUGGAGUGGCAUCAAUGUCUUCACCAAUGUGGGCAUGGUUAGUAACGAGUCCAAUUUUUUCCCUUGUUGGAACACCAAUCUGGAUCAAGGCGUACAAGGGAAGCAUUUGCUGAAGAAUGUGAGCGGCAUGGCUUAUCCGGGCGAAUUACUGGCAAUUUUAGGCUCAAGUGGAGCGGGAAAAACAACUUUACUUAACGCCUUAACUUUUCGUUCGGCAAAAAACAUCACUGUAACCGGAACACGAUGUGUUAACGGAACCACCGUUAAUUCCAAAGCGCUGACAAGCUUAUCUGCUUAUGUGCAACAAGACGAAUUGUUCAUCGGGAGUUUAACCGUUAAAGAACAUCUGAGGUUUCAGGCCCUCGUCAGGAUGGAUGCGAAUAUUUCCUAUGAGGAAAGAAUGCAGCGCGUCAAUGAGGUCAUUCUUGAGAUGACUUUAAACAAGUGCGAAAACACUUGCAUCGGAAUUUCAGGCCGGCUGAAGGGCAUCUCGGGGGGCGAACUGAAGCGACUUUCCUUUGCAGCCGAAGUUCUAACGAAUCCUUCGCUGAUGUUUUGCGAUGAACCAACAUCAGGCCUUGAUUCCUUCAUGGCCUUAAACGUCGUGCAGACAUUGAAAUCUAUGGCCCAAAGUGGGAAAACGGUGAUUUGCACCAUCCAUCAACCCUCUUCCGAACUGUACACCAUGUUUGAUAAGUUGCUGUUGAUGGCCGAAGGCCGCAUUGCUUUCUUGGGCACUCCUGAGGAUGCUGAUUUGUUUUUCAGAGAAUUAGAAGCGCCUUGUCCAAAAAACUACAAUCCUGCCGAUUAUUUCAUCCAGCUGCUGGCCAUCGUGCCGGGCAAUGAAGAAUCCUGCAGGAAUGCCGUCAAUAUGAUUUGCGACAGAUUUCAGCGCUCUGAGGCGGGAGUUCAGGUUGCUCUGGAAUCUGCAACUGCCUCGGGCGAGUUUCUCAGGCAUAACGGAACGGAAGUGUGGCUGAAUGGAAAUAAUGGAAACAAGAGCCCGUAUAAGGCUUCUUGGUGUGCUCAGUUUAGAGCUGUGGUUUGGCGCUCUUGGUUGAGCAUAAUUAAAGAGCCUCUCCUGGUUAGAGUGCGUCUGUUCCAGACUAUUUUGGUCUCUUUGGUAUUAGGUGCGAUUUAUUACGGUCAGGUCAUUAACCAAGACGGCGUUAUGAAUAUAAAUGGGGCCAUUUUCUUGUUUCUGACUAAUAUGACAUUUCAAAACGUGUUUGCGGUCAUCAAUGUGUUUUCAGCCGAAUUGCCGAUUUUCCUGCGCGAGCACAAAAACGGCAUGUAUAGGACCGAUGUGUACUUUCUGGGAAAAACCAUAGCCGAUAUUCCGAUUUUUAUUUUUCUGCCCAUCUUAUUUACAGCAAUUUGUUACUACAUGAUUGGCCUGAACAGUCAAAUGCCCCGGUUUUUUGUCGCAUGCGGUAUAGUUAUUUUGGUCGCUAACGCAGCAACGAGUUUUGGCUACCUGAUUUCGUGCAUUUCCCCAACAGUGGCAAUGGCUCUGUCCAUUGGCCCGCCUUUAUUAAUCCCUUUUCUGUUGUUUGGAGGGUUUCUGUUGAACAUCAAGUCUAUUCCUAUCUACUUCCAAUGGUUAGCCUACUUGUCGUGGUUUAAAUACGGGAAUGAAGCCCUAAUGGUAAACCAAUGGGACAAUAUUUCCAGUAUUCAGUGCCCAGCAGGAAAUUCUUCCUGCCCUAAAGAUGGCCAUGUGGUUUUGGAAGUCUACAGUUUUGCUUCGGAGAACUUAGCGCUAGACAUCUGUUCUUUGUUUGGGCUGAUUAUUCUGUUCAGAGUGUUGGCCUUUUGUGCGCUGCUGUGGAAAACCUACAAAGAUACUGAGCCAAACACAGCGUAAAUUUAGCAUUUUAUGGAUUGUGCUAUUAACAAAAUUUAAUAAAUAAAGAUUAUAUGAAGGUUGAA